UGCUUCUCCCGAGAACUUUCAAGGCAGAAACUUUGGGAAAAGUUAAUUCGCUUAUUUAAAUACAAUCCCAAUUGGUUCAAAACCAUGUCCCAGGAAAUUAGAAGAAGUGAACGCCUUCGUCGUCUCCAAAGGCAGAGACCCACUGCUAGCUUAAACGCUCGUGUUCUCUUCAUACUGGACUCAAGUCCUAAUUCAUCGCAUGGGAGAGGAGCUUCCGAGGGAUCCAGGCCACAUAUCCAGAUCAUUUCUGGUCCUUCACAAUCCAAUAGCACGCGUUUCAUGCCGCUGAAUCUGUCCAAUCCCCGGUCAAUGGUGCAGUCCGUCUUGAUGGCAGCUCCAACCGCCUCGCCUCGCAUUCCUCAACGGGUUCGUUACACAUCUAUACCGCAGUGGACUCCAUCCCGACGCGCUCGUAUCAGAGCCUACGAAGACCCGGACAACAUUACAGGAGUCCUACUGAUGGCCAUUAUCGUGAGCCCUUCGAUGGAGAACUUCAUUCGACUCAAUCCCAACAGAGCGAUGUCCCUAAUCCUGCGCAUCGCCUUCUACUUUCUGUACUAA